CGCCACCAAAGUCAGCGACUUCACCGUCGGAAUUAUCAGAUCAGAGCAAUGAGAGCUGUAAUCCAGAGAGUCUCAUCUUCCUCUGUUACGGUGGAUGGUCGAAUCGUAUCGGAGAUUGGACCUGGUCUCUUGGUUUUAAUUGGAAUCCAUGAAACAGAUACCGAUUCUGACGCCGAUUACAUAUGUCGAAAAGUUUUAAACAUGAGAUUGUUCUCUAAUGAGACCACUGGCAAAGGAUGGGACCAAAAUGUAAUGCAGAGGAAUUAUGGAGUUUUACUUGUUAGUCAGUUUACAUUAUACGGAUUCUUGAAAGGUAACAAACCUGAUUUUCAUGUCGCAAUGCCUCCUGAUAAAGCAAAGCCGUUUUACGCCUCUUUAGUCGAAAAAUUCCAGAAAGUAUAUAAUCCUGAUGCAGUAAAGGAUGGUGUGUUUGGAGCUAUGAUGCAGGUCAAUCUUGUAAACGAUGGUCCAGUCACGAUGCAGCUCGAAUCACCCCAAUCCUCCAAAAAUGAGACAAAGGCAUCAACAGCAUCAUAAGAUCACUCAUCUUGUAUCGGCAAAACUAUAGAAUAUAAAAUUCAUGUGAAA